UUUCCUACUUAUGAAUGUAUUUCCCAUUACAGAAGACGACUGCUUGAGGCAUAUUUUACGAACGCUCUCAUGAGCUGCGCUUAACUAAAUACGAGAAUAAGACAAUGUCUUAAUAGUGAAUACGGACUACUGAACGAAAUUAUUAAUUGAACGAAACGGGAGCUGCCAUGAAGCCGAGACCAGUCUUUCUGGUCUGGUGGGUGCCCCUGCUCUUGUGCAUCUCGACCCUCUGCACGGCAGACAAGUUCGCCACACUAGCCGACCCCACGGCACGCAUCGUCGAGGCCAAGACCAAAGAUGGCACCCGCAUUGUGCUGCUUGUCGCCGACGACCCUGAAGACUUGACGACUAGAACCGCCAACAUCGAGAAACGAAAAGCGGAGCCUGACAGCGGCAAGAUACCCCCGCCCCCGCUAUACCAGCUGCCUGGUCAGGGCUCGGAGAACAACUUAGUCUCUCCGCUGCCGCUUGAGGAGCCUGGCCAAGAGUAUAGCGCCCCUGCUGCGUCACAGUCCUCAGGAACUUACUUCCCUCCUACUGCUCCUUUGGGCACAUCAGGUCCUGCCUAUUCUGCUCCUGCAACGGCAUCUGGCCCUAUUUCCGGUAGAGGUAGCGGGGGAUACUCGGGUGGCGGAAGCGGAGGAAUUGAUUCAGGUUCAUUCAGACCAUCUCAACCUCUGCCAAGCGUCCCCGACCAGUCCUACUCUGCCCCAGGUCUUGGGGGUGCAGACCUAAGAAUUGUCAUCAACGGUGACGGUAACGGCGGCUUCAACGCAGGCACAAACGAACUGGGUACGGGAUAUUCUGCUCCCUCUGGCGGUGUAGGCCCUGGAGCUUUGGGCUCGCCUGCAUCGAACUACGUCGCUCCCUCUGGUGGUAUAGGCCCUGGAGCUUUGGGCUCGCCUGCAUCGAACUACGUCGNUCGGUGGAGGUUUUGGUGA